AUAGUAUCACCAAGGUUGCUUAUUGAGUGUUUAAGUGCCCCUGUGGACUAAUGGGGCUGAAGCUCAGGAUACACCCAGUCCCUCUUUUGCAUAUAAAGACAUUUGUUUAUAAAGACUAUAUGUGCCAAAACCAGAACCUACUCUGACAGCAUUACCAGAAAGACUUACACAGAAACCCUCAGUCAUGUGACCUGAGGAAAGGACCAGUCACAUGCUCUGCUGCCAUCGGCUGGUCUGUUUUAUUUAUUUUAUGUUUUUUUGUUACUGCAGCAUUUACCAUGUUCAGAGUUUGCCAAAUGUCAAAUAUACUGUGUGAUGUAACUGAAUUUUUUUUAAAAUCUGAUUAAUUGUUCAUUCACAUUUGACUUGUGAAAGCAGACAAAAAACCCACAGAGUCAAAUUUUACAUCUAUGUAUUUACAUCUAUGGUCCAUACACUACUCUUGGAUAAUAUGGUGAGCAAAGAGCCCAACCAUUUGCCAACUGUUCACAGCCAUAGCAAUGGCAACCCAGACAAAACACCCACCACUGUGACUGUGCGCUCAGUGCUCCUCAACCGGAACUCUCCAGAUAUUGAAAGCAGACUUAAACGGAGACGAAAUCGCACACAGCAAGUACGUUUUAAAGAUUUGGAGGAUGAUGAUGAGUCUAAGGAUAAAAAUGAGAAGGUGAGGAGUAAGAGCCCAACAGAGGUUCCAAACUGGCAGAAAGAGUUGACAAACGGGCCUUCAUUGGUGGGAGCAGUUCGUGGGGACAUGGAAAAGACAAUUGGAGCAGUGACAGCAUUUUUGAAGAGAGCACCACCGCACCCACUUACCCCUGGGCCUACCAGACGCUGCUGGGUCCCAACACAUCCCUGUUCGCUCACAUUGCCACUGCCAACUCAGCCAUGCAAAAGUACAGCCAUACAAACCUCACCCAGUUUGCAGAAGCCUCCCUCGCUCUCUGCCACACAGACUCGCAGUCACAGCCUUGGGGGAGCCUGGGAUGAUGGAGACUCCUCUGAUGAGCUGACUGCACAUGUCUACAUUCCACCUUUUAGAUCAAAGAAGAGCUCUGUCCAACAUUGUACCCCUGCUGAGCAAUCAAGGUGCAAGAGAACUGAGGACAAUCAAACUGUCUCUGUGGGUACAUCAACACAAUUGCAGCCAUGUUCUGCUGCACCACAAAAACAGUCUAGAAGGAGGGGUAGGAGGAAAUCUUUAAACAGAGCAGCAAGUGAUCCUGGAAAACCUGAGCCUCCUUUUACUUCCCCAACUAAAACUGUGCACAGAAGCCACCAACAGCCUAAACAACCCAAGAAGCUUCCAUCCAAAGCUGUGGCGCACAGAACUUCGCCAGAUAUUGUACCCAUGCAGUGUUCCCCCAUGCCCAACACAGUUCAUAAUAUGCCUUGUAGUGUCUCUUCCACACAGACUGAAGCAAGCAUUGAUUCAAAAAUCCAAACUGUCCCGGACAACACAACAUCUUUGCAAAAACCUAAAGUAGAUCCUGCAUCUUGUCCAUCUCACACUGCACCACAUACAUCAACCACAUGUACCAAAGAAACAUCACAAUGUUGCCCACAGCAUGUUGCUGUGGAGAACAUCAGUUUGACUCCUACUGUACUAGAGCCUUUGUACACUACCACAGCACAUGUCAUAUCCACUGUCACCACAUUCUCAACACAUGGGCAAUCAUGUAUGUCUCUUACUGAAUCUACAGGGCGUUGUUGGACACCUGCUAUUCACAAUACAGCAAAGAAUACUCCCCCAUUACUAGAGUCCCAAAGAAUUCCAGAGUCACAUACAGAUCCCACAGCUCCUGGUCAAUCCAGGCCUUGUUUCCAGAAGUUGGAGGAAACAAUUGUAUGCUCCAACACUGCUGGUUCAAAGGCAGUGGCCUAUUCUCAAGGAGCACCUGCAGUUACCUCUACAUUCAGUUCCACACAGCCAUGCCAGAAGACUCCAACACAACCCAUGUCAUGUGAUAACACCUCAAAUCAACCGGUGUACUCUGUGAUAUCUCCAACACAACCUGUAAAUCAUAUUCAGUCUGUGCCAAGAUGUAUGAGUCCUAAACAGAACGAGGCAUUGGGUAGGGCCCAUAGCCUUCCUGUACAGACUCCUAAAUCAGCUACACACACCCCAACACCUGUUCAGUCUACAUCAUCUUGUAAAAAUCCAAUGCAGUCUAUACAAUACUGUGUCAAAGACAAACUAGCAUCCUGUGCCACUGCUCCACACCCUGUCUCACACUUCAAGGGCCCUGUUGCAGCUGCGGCACAUGCCAUUCCUAUUGCACAAACUGCAGUACAUUGCAUUUUGGAUCAACAAAAUGUGGUAACCCAUGUGACUCCUUCCAUGCCAGUUCUGAUUUGCAGCUCUUCCACACAACCUGCACCAGGUACACUUUCUGUUCAAGCAUUGCCACACUGCAACUCUAGUAUGCAAAAUGCAGUGUCUUGCAGUAAUCCCUCUCAAAUUGUGCAACCUUUUAAGACCGUUUCACACUCCAAAUCAUUUCCACAAAAUAUGUCACCUGUUCUCUGUCCACGUGAGACAAUUAUGUACGCAAGUAAACCCCAGGAAACUGUGCUUCCCUCUGCUAAUUUCAGGCAUUCUUUACCCUCUUACGCCUGCCCUCCACAGACUACUCUGUUGUACUCUAAUGCUGGGGCGAACCCCUCCCCUCCUCAGGCCUUCUGCUGCACUCAGGACAGACGAGACAGGAGAGAGUUCAUGCUUCCUCCCCCACCACCUCCUCCUCCUCCUUACACCCCCCGCAAAGAGGGCUCCUCUACUCCUGGACAUCCCCAUAAGCCUCCUGUCCCCAAAGCUGAGAGCUACAAUGCUGAAAAGGACGAAGUGAAAACUGGGGCAGUGAAGCCAAAUGCUGAAGCAGGAACUCACUAUCAGGCAGGUGAAAACCCCCCUCCUAUCCCUCCCAAAAGUAAGGCAAGAGCUAUGGUGAGGCCCACCUGUUUAAGUGUCCGAAGGGUGAUCCUCGGCCCCGAAUCCCAGGCCAAUGCAAACCACUUGCCUCCUGCUGGGGGGACAAACCCCCAGGCGCCUCUUGGACCAGCAGAGGGCCAAGCGGACACACUGCGGCAGGUGCAGGAGCUACUGGGGGGUCUUAUGUCUGGGACUAAGUGUAAGCUGGACUUGGCAAAGGCUAAAGAAAAACUGUUUGGCCCAAAUGGCCCUCUGUACGACAUUGGGGCUCUGCAGUCUCAGCUGCACAGUCUGGAAGGAGUGUUGGAGACCAGCCAGAACACCAUCAAGGUUUUACUUGACGUCAUUCAGGAUUUAGAGAAGAAAGAGGCAGAGCGAGACGGAAGACACACGUACCGAACAGGACAGGACAUUGAGAACUGUGGCACCUGCAGAGACUGUGCCUGUAUCAUAUACAGUGUGGAACAUGACUUCCGGCUUCAGGAGGGUCAGGUGACGCGGGCGUGGAAGGUCCCAGAGCAGCAGGAGUCGGAGCAGAGCUCUCCUCAGCUAGUCUUUCCUCCUCCGCACCAGCAGGACUCUCCACAGGCCCUCCAGACGGUCAAGAAGAGCCGGAGGAAGUGCUUCUGGUUCCUGUGAACUCUUUGAUAGCAGGACGUCACAUCAUUAGUCAACAAAGACAGUCUCCAACCACCUUUAAGCCUCUUCUCUUCCAGUCCUCUGGUUUAACUUGUUCAGAGGCACAUCAUCCGCUUGACGAGGAGCCUUUGUUUAUUGUCUUUUUAAAAAGCAUCUUCAGUCAUUUUCACACAAGGCGAAUCAAGAUUAAUGUACGGCUGUCCGAGUUUAUAUUAUAGAUUUAUAGUCCAUGGAAAGAAUUUAAAAAGUCUUUCCGUCUCAAAAAUGUGCUUUGAAUUAUAAUUCACCCAAAAUCGAAAUUCU